AUGAUCAACAAGAUCACGAUCGCACCAGAUCCGGAUAUAUAUAAGAUGCAAUCCGACUCAUAUGAACCCGAAGACUGGAGAUCCGAGACCACCUCGAUCGGCUCCUCCCUGUACAAGGGGAUCAUGGAGAACGGCAGAAGAUACCAAACCUUGAGAGAAUCCGAAUAUUUUAGCCCUUCCGACGAGAAGCAGUUCGAGACCUAUCAAGUGGGGCAUCUCGCAUGUCUUCUCAUGGACUCCGAUGAGUCCAACCUACUGUUUCAGUCACCAAUCCCUUCGCCGAAGAAUGUCCUCGAUGUUGGGACAGGGCAGGGUUCGUGGGCUAUUGAUAUGGCGGAUAUGUACCCCGACGCCAUCAUUCGGGGUGUCGAUCUGUUCCCACCGCCUACCAGUUGGGUCCCCCCAAACUGCAUAUUGGAAGUCGACGACGUUUUGCAGCGGUGGACUUGGCAUGAUAAAUUUGAUCUCAUUCAUCUUCGUCACGGCAUCGGGGCUUUUACGCCUGACGAAUGGAGCCGUCUCUACGAGCAGUGCUAUGAUAACCUGGAACCUGGUGGAUGGUUCGAGCAAAUUGAAAUGAACAUCUGCUGCGAGUGCGACGAUGGAAGCGUUCCUGCGGACAGCGUGCUGUUCUCCUGGGGGCCGAGAUUUUACGCUGCUGGCGAAAAGACUGGAAAGCCUCUUGACGUAACGAAAACAAUGCGCGCGUCGAUUGAGAAAGCGGGUUUUGUUGAUAUUCACGAGAAGAAUGCUAAGUGGCCUAUCGGGGCUUGGCCGAAGAUGAAAUCAUUGAAAGAGGCUGGGUUCGUCAAUAUGCAGCACUGGCUGGCAGGUAUGGAGGGUUACUCAAUGUACCUCCUCACCAAGUAUGGAGACCCGGUGCCGUGGUCCAAAGAAGAAGUCCAGGUUUAUGUGGCCCAGAUGCGGAAGGCAGUGAAAAACCCUCGCUUUCACGCUUACCAGUACGCAAAGAGAGUCUGGGCCAGAAAGCCCUUCCCAGAGGAGCUUGCAAAGAGUAAGACCUCUGUUUAUAUCAAGCAGGAAUGA